GGGAGAGACAGGAGGCUCGAAGAGAGAAAAUACGGAGCCUGGUGGAGGCGUUUAAUCAAGCGCCCACCAGGCCCGGCAACCCCUCGACCUCCGGACCGAAAAUAAUCGUCCUCUCGAAUGUACAAAUUCGUCCGCCUGGCCCCUACCUACCCGCUACCCCACCGCCGCCACCGCCAUCACAGACACCGUCUGUGAACAGAACGGAGAUAGCGGACAAGGUCGCCGCUAGGACCGGGCUCUGGGACGCCAAGCUCCUGGAAGAAGUACGGUCCCUGAGACCGCCCGGCGUCCCAGAAAAUAAGACCACCCGGAUCAGGUUACGAACAAGUACCGGUCGCCGGAUCUGGGUGACCAUCCCGAAGAACCAGUAAAAGUAGGAAAAAUAUUAUAACGGGUAGCCUGGGGAUCAUAAGGAACCGUUAAAGUUCCUGUCCGAAAUGAGCUCUGGAUCUAAUUUUGCUUUUUUUUUGUUAUAGAAGACAUGUUUUAUUUCCUAUUAUGUUUUAUUUUAGCUGGGUAUAUUAGGUCCGGAGAAGUAACCCGCAUUUUUUUUUUUAUUUUUUUUUUUGCUUGUAGUAGUCUGUCCCGUUUCCCUACUCUACUCGUAGUUUUAUAAUACUCUUGUCAGGAAGACUGUUUAAUGUUGUUUUCUUUUAGGAUUAACUGUCGCCGACUUAUCCCCGCCGCCAAAUGUCGUCUCCAGACACUUUUGUCUCCGCGGCGCUGGAAGACAAUUUGAUGGAUGAUCUCGACCGGGCCCUCCAGGAUUAUGACCUGCCUACACCAGUAGCCCGAGCACCGGAACGCAUCCCACAUCAGAGAGCACCCGACAUGUCAAAUGAAAGCGCCAGUGCAGUCCCGGCAGGAUAUCCAUCUCGCCCAACGACCUCGUCCGUUCGAGGUCGACGGUACCAACUUCCCACCUUGUCUAGGUCCACUGCGAGGAACGCUGACAAUUUUCCCACCCGGCUAGAGACCACGCCGCGUCAGAUCAAUCCCUACCAAGUCGCCGCAAGCACCGCCCGGCCGGCGUUUCAACGACCACAGCGAGCAACGUCCGAACAGCGGGCAAUGGUACCUCUCCGAGACGAUCCACGCCUGGCAGUAUAUUUUGAGGAAGAAACGACGGCCAGAGAACGUUCUCCGGCAUUUUAUCCCCGUCACGAGGAGGAUCGGAUUCCCGUGGAACUGGAGGCCGUGUGUUGGAGGUGUGGGGCCGUAGGACAUAAUCGUCGUCAAUGUCAAAGGCCGGAGAUAAUCUUUUGCUCAGGAUGUGGGACUCGGGGCGUCUUAUCAAAAGAUUGUCCAUGCCGCCGUUUCCGGGCCCAACCGGCUUCCCGGAGUGAUAGCCGAAGACAGCGAAGGCAGCGUAGGAUCGCUGACCACAAAAAGGCCGGGGAAUGCCCAUUAUGCCACAGAAAAUAGGGGGGAAAUCUGCAAGGUGUACGGGUCUCCAUGACUGAGCCAUUUGCAGGAUCGUUCAACGCCGUUGGAACACAAGGGACUCGCCGAAGCUCUCAACUCCGCUGGGCCACGAGGGACUCACCGAAGCCUUCAACAUCGUUGGACCACGAGGGACUCACCGAAGCCUUCAACAUCGUUGGACCACGAGGGACUCACCGAAGCUCUCAACUCCGCUGCACAACGAAGGACUCACCGAAGCUCUCAACGCCGCUGGACAACGAGGGACUCACCGAAGCCGGAACACCGUUGGAGCAAGCUCGACACGUCGAAGCUCUACACACCGCCGAAGGAAGAUCUUCAAGUUGAAGAAGACCGAAGAUAUUGCGUAAUUUAGUUAAGUUUUGCAUUUUGAAAAUAAACAUUUGAUUUUG